AUGCGUAUCCUACUCCUAACUCUCACCCUAACCCUCACCUCCAUCCCUUCCACAUCCGCUUGGUCCUAUCUAUUCUGGCAAGUACCCCCCAGUCUCUCAUCAGGUCCCCCAAACUACGGUACCAAAGUCUUCCAACCCCCCGCACCAUGUAAACAAAUACCACUAGACUCCCAACCCACGGGUCUAACCAUCACUCAAUUCGGAGAAAACAACGUCUUACCGGAAACCCGCAGAUACCAAGCAAACCAUCAAUGGCUAGAUCCGGUUCGAUACAUCGGAUUAUGGCAUAGUAAUCUCCGAAAGCCGUGCGAAGGGUUACCGGAUGUGAUUGUUAGGUAUUAUCCGGAUGUGUAUACCCGUCAGACUAUUGAUUUUAGAAAUUUGGGGGGUUAUACGGAGUGGAUUGGGGAUUUUGAUGGUGGUGGGGAUUUGACUUUUAGGUAUUGGGGUGAGAUACCUUUUGGGGAUCAGUAUUUUCAGGAGCAAUUGGUACCUGGGGAUGUAGCUGUCAGGAAUUCGAGGCCGGUGGCGGGAGGGAUAGCUAGUUAUGAAAAUAACUAUGUGGUCGCGAGUAAUGCGAUCACCGUGGCUCCUAUUAGACCUUCAUGGGGACUUGAUAGUUCUAGAUGGCAGGGAACUGGAACGGUGACUUCUUCGCGAGAGGUUACUUUUACAUUCCCCCCUAACAUACAGAUACUCACUGGUCAACCUUUGGAUCGUGAGAAGGAAGUCGGAUUAGGAUAUGUUCCCGAGAACUAUCGGUUUGCAACAAAUCAGAUAGAAGAAGAAUUAGAAACCGCACCGCCAACAAACCAAAUGCAGCAGCCGGAGAUCGAGAGUAUGGUCUCGAAUCUAGAUCCUAACGAGGGUGCUACACUAAGAGCAGCCAAGAACUUGAACCGCGAACGGUUAGAAGCUCAAUUCGAUGAUGUCCGAAGAUCUCAACAGGAGAUACUCGAUCAAAUAGCCCGAGAUAGGGCGCAGCAGCAGCAGCAGCAGAAUACGAACAUCCCCCCACCCCCUCUAACUUCAAAUCCAAACCCACAAUCAUCAGGACCCCAACUUCAACAACAGCAAGAUGUUAACCCCCCACAACCAUUACUCCACCCUUUUCUCCCCCAAGAAAACGAAGAACGACUUUCACCAGACCAACUAGCCGACAAAGUAGCCCAAUGGACAGCCAAACAAUGGCCAAAACAACAAGCGAAGGGUGUCACCGUGGAUGCCUUCGUAAAAUACAUGAACGGUCUGAACUUAAAUCUCUUACGAUUACGACAAUACUACCAGAACAUUGAGCAGCAAAUCGAUAAUGCUAGGAAAAUGCAACAGCGGCUUAGGGAGCAAAUGUUUGUGCUUCAGUUGCCGGGGAAUAUUCUGGCUUCAAAUUCAAAUCAAAAUCAACAUCAAAAUAUACUGAAUCCGAAUAUAUUGAAUCCGAAUAUAUUGAAUCCGAAUAUAUUGAAUCCGAAUAUAUUGAAUCCGAAUAUAUUGAAUCCGAAUAUAUUGAAUCCAAAUCCCGUACAGAACCAAGGACGGUCAAUAGUACCACGAUCAAGUCAGCAGCAACAGCAGCAGCAGCAGGGAACCCAGCAACUUCUACCAAAAGAAUGCAUAUGUCCAAACAUUAGCGGCGUCAUCUCCCUAGAACAACCAGCCGCGGGCCAACCAAAAGAUCAAAGGUUCCUCCCCGACAUGCCCCCAAACAGCCUACAGAGCCCAGAACAAGUAGCCCCAAACCAGCAAUCACCAGAAGCCACGGAUAACAUCAAUUCCGAAGUCGACAACAGCAAUCUACGCAAUCCCAUAGCAGACAACAUCCGGAGUGGACUCCAAGCCGACGACAGACUAACAGAUCAAAACCAGUCAGACAAGCCUAAGAAAGUAAAAAGCCAAGAACCAAAGGGUACCGUCGUAGCAGACCGAGCAUAUUCUUCGGCAUUAGAUACUGUAAGAAAGAUAUUCGACACUCAAAAGAACGCCGCCGCCGCCGCCGCCAGAACUACAUCGUCGAAUCAAGCAAGCUCGGAAACAAAUACAAACUGUAUCUGCCCCGAAACACCACAGCCGGAAACUAAUCAGAAUAUAAAUCCCGAAGCGUUCCCCAUACGACAAUCCUUACUGCCAGUCUCCGAUGAUAUCGCCAAUCCAAAUGUACGGCAAUAUCUGCCCGGACUCUCCAAAAAGAUGAUAGACGAAAUAGGGGAAAGAAAGAAGAAACGCCGAGAAGGUAUAAUUCAACAAUCCCGAUUAGCCAGGCUAGCCGAAUUGGAGAGAUCGACCGAAAUAAAAGAGAAAAUAGAAGAACAGCAAGAAAACACAGAAGUGAACGUCCAGGGGAGCGCAGUUGAAGAAGAAAAGGCUAUAGACGAUCCGGAACUAAGAUCGCGGAUCCUAAUAGAAGAUGAAGAAGGAGAAGGAGUAGUAGAAGAAGAAGCUAAAGAAGAAGCACUAAUACAACAGAGUCCACUCGAUCUAGCAGCACAACUCUUAAUCGAGGAAGAAGACAUACAACAAAAUAUACCGGAUCUAAUUCUCAGAGAAGACGAAGAUCGCGAUCGUGAUGUUAUUUUCAUGGAUAAAAGUUUAUACGAUACUGAAAUAAAGGAGGAAGAAGAGGGUGAAGAUCCAGAGACAAAGCUUGCGAAGGAGAAACGAAGGGCAGAGGCCAGAGUGCGAAACGAGAACUUUGAGAUGCCAGUUGUAUCGGGUUCGGAGUUCUUUGAAGAGAUAAAAGAUGAGGUUAUAUAA